AUCAUUUACCCUUCGUAAUUAUAACUUGGAUCCGACACCGACAAAUGGAAUUCCAUACCGUAACUUACAUUUCACAUCCACAAACCCUAUUCUGAAUCUUCCAAGUCCUCUUCGCCAUAUAUAAUAAUAUCCCACUCCCACUCUCUCUUCUAAUCGCAUAUUGCAAAAGAUACAGAGACCAAACAAAAAAAAUUCCGACACGCCCAAUGAGUUCUUUGAUCACAAUCACGAUUCUCUUCUCUCUCUUGAUCGUACAGCCGAAUCCAUCGUUGGCGUCAAAACGCAAUCGCAGCUACGUCAGAAACGCAUGUAGUGCCACUCUAUACAAAGAACUCUGCGUCCGAUCGCUAACGCCGUUCUCAGCCUUGGCCAAGAACAGCCCAAGCAAGUGGGCCCGAGCCGGAGUCGCCGUGACCAUAACGGAUACCAAACACGCCCUCAGACGCAUCGUGGAAACGCGGCGUUCAGCGGUCGUCGGGAAACGCGACGGCUUGGCGUUGUCGGACUGCAGGGAGCUGUUCCAGGACGCGCUGGACGAGCUCCACAGGUCCCUCGGGGUUCUGCGGACGCUGAACUCGACCGCGUCCCAGACGCAGAUCAGCGACAUGACGACGUGGGUCAGCACCGCCCUCACGGAUCAGGACACGUGUCUUGAUGGGUUCGAAGGGUCGAGUUCAUCGACGGCUAAGAUCAUCCGGAGGAGGGUGACUAUUGCUAUGUACUUUACGAGUAAUGCGCUUGCGCUAGUUAACAAGCUUGCGGCCGCUGGUGUGUAGAUUUAAUUAUUCCACACAUUUAGACAUGUCAUUUAAUAAGGUGAUGUUACGUAUUAAAAAGCAAUCAAUUAUAUCUGUGAUUAUAAAGAUGUGUAAUAAUAAGUGGCACAGCCGUGUCUUAUCGUC